AUGAAGCGGCAGUUGGAGCUAGCUGCAUUGGGCCUGGGCAUUACAGGCUGGCUGUGCGCCAUCCUCACCCGCUGCCUGCCCCUGUGGAAAGUCAGCGGCACUCUGGACAACUCCACAGCCACGCUGCCAGCAUACUGGGAUGGGGUGUGGCUGGAAUGGAACCACUGGGACCUCAACCAUGACGGUAGCCUCCACUGCUCCUUCUACCAGUCUUUGUUAUCACUCUCUGGAAACUUCCAAACAUGGAGAAGCUUGAUCAUGGCUUCUAUAGGUGCUGGAGCUUUUGCUGUGGUCAUCAGUAUCAUUGGAGAGGUGUGGUUUCCGAAGAGGAAUCAGGUGAAAGUUGUCUCCGGUGUGGUGUUUGUGCUGUCUGGAAUACUGCUGCUUGUCCCUGUCGCUUGGACCUGCCACCACACUAAUAAGCCACUGGAGGGCGCUGUGGUGCUGAGGAGAGACUGGGGAGCUGCUCUGUACAUAGGAUGGAUCUCCUUCUCUCUGAUGGUAGUAGGGGGAGGGUUUCUCAGUACUAGAUGCCUCAUGUUCCAGCAGCAGGAUGAGUCAGAAAGAGGGAGUUACCCUCCAGGUUAUCCUGGGGCAGAGCAGGAGCCAACCAACCCCCUGGAUACUAUCCACAGGACUGCUUUUAGACACAGCCAGUAUGCUCGGGCAACAACACGGCCUUCAUGA